AUGCGACGAAGUGACUCAAUUGCUAGUCUGCGCGCCUUUGCACAGAUCAUUGAUGGUCGAUCAGGGUACUUUGAGGAUGUGCGUAAAACUGAUGACGAGAUUCGGGCCAUCAAGAACGCAGACGUACGUGCAUUUUAUGAAGGUCAGAAUGCUGUCUUGGAUGGGUGGCGUGAGGUCGACGAAGUACUUGAGAGCCAGUUUCCUACGGAGAUCAUGCGACGCUUUUCUAUGCCGUAUAUGCCGAACCUUACUGGUCUUAUACAUGGAUUUGAAUCGCCACACGGGCUAAAUCACCGCUCGGACUACCCUCACCGUCAUCCAGAAGACCAUGACGAUGGCUUUGGCACAGACGAGGAAAGUGACUCGAUAUGGUCACAUCCUUUCUCACACCACUCUAUGCGUCGCUCGCGCCGAAUUAGUGAGCGGGCACUUACUUCUCUUUCAGGCUUCUUUGGGCAAGAAGGCAACCUCUCUGGCAGCCAAUCGCGCGUGGAUCUGGCGGCUGAAAGUUUGCAAGAUCUAUCGAAAUCUCUGGCUGUGAACGAGCACAAUAAAGAACGCCCGACACUGGCGGACCUCAUCGAACAUCCGGAGCUGACAGAAUCUGAGGACGAUGAAGGUCUGAUGCUCGCGAAGCACAAGAAGAAAUUUCACAACAAGCAUUCGCUCAAGGAGAGUCGAUCUAUGCUACGCCGUAUGCUCACCAGCAACCCUGCCAUGUACUCGACGGAUGCGCAAAAAUACGGCGCUAUCCUUAAACUAGACGCAGCGGUGGUAAGUCCCAUUACGAAGUCCACGCCUAAAGUGGACGAAGUGGCGGUGACUAUCCCCACGAAUCGACCUCGGACGGAUCAGGUAUGGACCAAAGCGGAUCACGAACGUGACAAACUUCUGCAGAAUGUACCGACACACCAGCGGAAGCAGGAUACAGACGCAUUUGUGCAGUUUUACAUUAACAUCAAUCUGUCCGUGAAUCUGCUCCUGGUCGUCGGUAAAGUCGUGGCUGUGUAUUCGUCCAACUCGGUUUCGCUGUUGGCGAGCUUGGUGGACAGUGCGCUGGAUCUGCUGUGCACAGUGGUGAUCUUUAUGACAUCGCGUGCUUCGGCGUACCGCAGUUGGCACACGUUUUACAAGUACCCUGUCGGCAAACGACGUCUGGAGCCCCUGGGUGUACUCAUUUUUAGUGUACUUAUGGUGGUCUCCUUCUUGCAAGUGCUGCUGGAGUCGCUCAAUCGCAUUUGGGCGAUUUAUACACAUAAACCUUUGGAAGGCGACGUGGCGCUGCCGCUGAUCGGUAUCUUUUUUAUGCUCCUUACUAUUGUUGUAAAGACGAUGAUGUGGCUUAUGUGCCACAACCACAAGAACUCCAGUGUGCGUGCCAUUGCGCAGGACUCGGAAAAUGAUGUCAUGUUCAACAUCGUCUCUUUAAUUUUCCCAACGAUUGGCGAUUACCUUGGGUGGAGUUUGCUGGACCCCUUGGGUGGUGGCCUGCUUUCCCUGUACAUCAUUUCCGAAUGGAUCUCGACGAUGGCUGACACUACAUCAAAGCUCACUGGCAAAGCCGCCGAUGCUGAAGAUGCAAGUCGCUGCCUUUACCUCGUCUCGCGGUUCUCUCAUGUCCAGGCCAUUGCUGGAUUCGAGAUGUACCAUGCUGGCGAUACAAUGGUGGCGGAGGUCGAUGUUGUUCUUCCUAUGCACUUUAAACUGAAAGAGGCACAUGAUUUGGGCGAAAUUAUUACCUAUUGUAUCGAGAGUUUGACGGGCAUUGAGCGGGCGUACAUUCAUCUGGAUUACAAUCCGGCAGGUCAGUCAGGCCAUAUUGGGCAACGCGGUUAG